AUAACUGUCUUAAAGUUCCGAGAUUUCUGGCCGAUAAGAGCCAUCAUCUCGAGGAGGGGUAUUAAGGGAUAUGUAUCCCACAUUGGAAAAUCAAUGGGACAUUAAGUAAUAUAUAAAGGGUUAGGGCCAAUCCACUAAUUGCCAAUUGGUUUUGAGUUGGAAGCCCAUAAUAAACCCAAAUCUAACAAGAAUACAUUCAACAAUAUAAUAUCUUAAAAUAUUACACCAAAAAAAAUAUCUUAAAAUAUUAGCGUCUAAUUUAAUCCAUUACAAAUAUACUGGUGGUAGAGAAAUGGGUAUAUAUUUCAACCAUUUUGAGGUAGAUAUGCUAUAUAUGUUUAUAUCCUAUUGCAAGUUCUUUGAGUGAUUUAUAACUUUUGAAUUGUCUUCUGACGCAACAUUUUCACAUGUUCAUUCUACAGUAGAACACCCCCGCAUUUAUUCUAAUACAAACAAAUAGAGAUGAAUGAACUUUAAUUUUUUAGUGUUCGUAUACAUUUUCGUGAUAUUAAAUUUCCUCCGAAAGUCUUCUGAAACUUACGAGCUUUGAAAUUUUCUGUUGGAACCCUGCUACUGCUAGUUUUAUUAUACUGUUUUUUUUUCUGAAAAAUCACUACAAGUAUAUUUUGAAAUGAUAAAGUUUUUUUUAUUUUAUUUUUGUAAACUUGAAAUGAUAAAGUUGAUCUCUACAAAUUGGCUAUUAGCAUGUUUGAACAACGUUAAAAACAAUAAUGUUAUAUACAUUUUUUGAUAGCCACAUAUAUAUUAUUUUACUUAUAAUAAUUAGAGACUUGACAUCCACAACCAAAUUAAUCUUUACAGAAUAUGGUUGAUAAUGCUGAAAGCAAUAAGCAACGUAAAUAGUAUAUUGUUGAAAUUGUAUACUCUGAGCUUUUUUACAUGUAUAUUUUGAAUGUGCAAUUUAAAUUUGAUUCGUAAAUUUUCAGGAAAAGCGUGUAAAGGUAAUGUAGUACGAACCCAAUAAAUUGCAAUGAAGACAACAGUUGUAACAGAUGGUAGGGUUCGGCUUACACGGACGACCACUCACGUUCAGGUGCAUGCCAAUGCGGCAAUUGCCUCAAACAUUAAUUAGCUCAAUCUUGAUUUUACAUAGAAGUCGACAAAAAAAUAUACAUUAGAUGUCGACCAAAUUAAAUAAAUAAAUAAACAAAAUAAAUUUCAACUCUGCAUAGUGCUUGUUUCUUUCCCUUACGACAUAACAUAACAGUGUAACUCUUUUUCUCAACAGUGUUAGUGUUUUGUUUGAUCUUCAUAGUCAUACAUGGUUUGCUUUUUAUAUAGUAAAUCUAUUUGAUCAGUUUUUUUUUCCAGAAAUACUUAAAUGGGUUAUUUUGGUAAAAACUAAAUACUCAAACUGAUUUUAAAUUAACGUUCAAAUUUUAUAUCAAAAUGCUAAUAUCAUAUAUAUGUCAACUACUUUGAAGUUAGUGACAUUAGAGCAUCUGCAUUAGUGAACUCCAUGGGGAGUUCACACAGUUUUCGAAAAAAAAAAAAUAUUAAAAUAAACAAAAGCAAUGAACCUCCCUCUUAGAAGUUCACUGCACUGAACCCGGAUCAUCACUGUAGCGCGGGCUCCACGACACAUGGCGGCCCGCGGUUGGUCCGGUUAUAAAUUUUUUUUUUUUUUUUUUUUUUUAAAAAACAAAAAUCAAACAGAAAAAAAUAAUAAUAAAAAAAUGCUUUGUGAACCCCUUCCAAGGGGUUCACUAAUGCUGAUGCUCUUAUAUUCAAAUAAUCAUUUGAAAGCAACCUCAAAAAGAAUGAUAACUCAUUCUAUUUUUGUUUGAUUUAAGUUUCCUUGGUUUAUUCCUAACUAGUAUAAAACAAAAAAACAUACAACAACUUAAAAGUCUCCAAUAUUUUGGAGUCAAAGGAUGCAAUUUAAAAUAGUUUCUAAUAUCAUGCAAACAUAAACAAGUAAAUACUCACCGCGUUUGGUUGGCUUGGACACUUGGUAAAAAACAUACUGUUGAGUUUUUGACAAAGAUUGCCCCCUCCACUUGACAACUAUAUACUAAACUCUCCAUAUUUGUGUCUCUUCUACUAAAUUAAAGCUCAUAAGCAGAAACCUUCAAGGUCUUCCCUUUCCUGCACCUCUUUUUUUGUUUUUUUUUAAGAGUUUUUGGCACUAGGAGAGAAGAUACAAUCAAUGGCACCAGAGGAGAAUAGCACGUGUGAGCCUUGCAAAACGUUCGGGCAAAAGUGCAGUCAUGUCGUGAAGAAACAAAGAACCAAGUUUUAUAUUCUACGCCGUUGUAUCGCUAUGUUAGUCUGCUGGCGUGACAACAGCCACGACCGCAACGACUCUUGAUUGCUUCUUUUUGGAUAAAUUAUUUUCCUUCUCUACUUAAUUAGCAUUUUACUCUCUUUUUUCUUUUUCUUUUCGCUCAAAAGACAUGUAAUUUAGUAGUUUUUCUUGCACUUACUCAUUGUGUCAUUAUCUGAAUUCAAAAUCCACAUAAUAUAUGUCAAGUUCUUUUGGGUUAUCUGGGGUUUUCAUCUUCAUAGUUUUAGAAUAAUAUAUACAUAUAUCUAUAAUCUAUGUGCAUACGUAAUAUUUAGAGUAGUUCUUUUUUUUGGUUGCAACUUCAUCUUACUUUUUUUUUUGAAAAGGAGAGUAGUUUAGUGAUACACCAUUAAAGUAAAAUUUCUUUAUGUGUGUCAAAAGCAACUUCAUCUUACUUUUUGUCAUACUUGAAGACCAGUAUACAAAACAAGUCUGCAUAUAUGACUAAGAUUGAGAGGACCAUAUAUAAUUUCUUCUGUCAAACUUAAAGACAUUAAUAUAUUUCUAGAUUAUAUAACAUUUUAUAAAAAAAUUACGUAGCAUCAACCGACUUUCGCUAUGAGUAUACUUUUAAAAAAGAAUAUUGUAAGAAGGCAAAAUCGAAUCCAUGAACACGCACUUUGAUUACGAGAUACAUCACAAACUGUAGCAAUUUAAUUAUAUUUUGUUAAAUUAAUUACAAGCAAUUUAUACAUCACCAAAUGUGCCAAUUCAUAUGAUAUUCUGUUUAAAAUUCAUAAUAUGUAUUGCAGAAUUCAAAUAAGAAGAAGGGUUAUUUUACAAAUUACAAUUAUAUUGUAAUUCAAGAAUUAUUUUGAGGAUUUUUUGUAAAAUAAUUGGACACAAAUCGAUGACGUAUUUUCUGCCAAAGCAAUCAGCGUGAAGCCCUAAAGUACCGGAAAUACAUGAAACGUGGGGAAAUUCUGGCCUUUCGUAUAUAUAUAUAUAUAUAUAUAUAUAUAUAUAUAUAUAUAUAUUGUUUAUUUUCGGUCUUUUUGCAUAUUCAAAAUUUCCUUUUGUUAAUUUAAAAACUAAGGAUUAAAUAAUAUGUUUCAAUAUUAAACACUGAAUGAGAAUAAAAAUAGAAGCUGUCUCAUAUUCUAAAGAUAGAAAAAUUCUCUGCUUCAGAAUAAAACACAUCAAAAUCAUCAUCAGGUUCGGAAUCAUCGUGCAGGUAGACUCCGUCUCUUCUGCAAGUGAUAAUCUUGUCCUUUCUCUAUUCCCUAGCUAGAUAGUCGCAAAUGACUUUUCCUUCAACAAAUAUUUUUCUUAAGAAAUUAUGUAUACCUUUAGCAAAAAAAGAAAGAAAAUAAAUUGUAUACAUUCGAAUGUUCUUUUGCUUAAAUUUUUAUGACUACUAUAUAAUAUUGACUCUUGUCGGUAAUAUGUUAAAUCGAGUUGAUACUAACUACCCAUUUUCUGCUAUAUUAAAUAAGGGGACCAUGUAAAACUCAAAACAAAACUGACGGUCUCACUAGUAUAACCGCAGCGAUUACAAAUACGGUUGUGGAUGUUUGCGAAUACAGAUGGUUGCGGUUUAAAGUAUUAUUAAAAAAAUUGUAUGACGUGGCACAGCGGUUAAAAAUUAGUGCGUUUGCGAGAUAUUUACGACUGGUUAACUACCAAAUGCAUCAGUGGUUAAAUAAUAAAUUAACAAUAUUUAUAUUUUAUAUAAUUAUAAAAAUAUUAAAAAUCAUACUAUUAUAACAGAUAUUAAAAUUAUAUUUAUAAAUUACACUAUUGAAUUUUUAAAAGAAUAUAGAAAAUACUUUUGUUUUAAUAAUAUAAAUUAAAAUGUAAUACAUAUUUUAGUAUUUAUAUUAUUUCAAUAUUAAACUUAACUAAAUAUUUUUAUUUUUAUAUGUAUAUAGUUUUAAAAAAACUAUUUUAUCCUCUCGCAAUACCGUCACAUAAACGCUAGCUGCAACCAACUUUUGAAUUUUAGAGGUUCAAAGAGGUUUGUAGUGAUUUAUAGCGUUUUCCGUAAUUGUUACAAAACACUAACAACGCUUUCAACCGCAUAAAUUGCAUUUGUGGGUGUAGCGGGAAAACUAACAAUGAAACGUUAAUAGUGAAUAUUAUCAAAUUUACCACGGAGUUUUGUUAUUUCUAUUUGAAACGUGCAUGUUUGAACUUUGGAUAAUGAUAUACAACAAUGACAUCAGUAUAAACCACUAGAUGGUCAUUUAUCUAGAAGUUAAUGGAUAGUAAAACACCUGAAUAUACAAUUUAAUCAACUCCAUCUACAUUCCAUGCAUAUAAUUAAUCACUUCACUUAUAACAUAACCUAUUAAUAUUUUGUUGACACAACAAUAACAUCAGUAUGAACCACUAGAUGGUCAUUUAUCUGGAAGUUAAUGGAUAGUAAACACACAUAAAUAUACAAUUUAAUCAUCAACUCCAUCUACAUUCCAUGCAUAUACAGAUUAAUCACUUCACUUAUAACAAAACCUAUUAAUAUUUUGUUGACACAACAACGACAUCCGUAUAAGCCUAAUUUUGUAGAAGUUAAUGGAUAGUAAAACACAUGAAAAUACAAUUUAAUCAACUCCAUCUAUAUUCCAUGCAUAUACAGAUUAAUCACUUCACUUAUAACAUGACCUAUUAAUACUAUGUUGACACUAUGAAAUUAGAAGCAAACUUUGACACUAUGAGAAAAGAAGCAAAACUUAGGGAUGCAUUGCUGACACACACACGCAAAAAUAAAAUAAAAUAAUAAGAGAUCAUAUUACUUGAUUAGUUGAGGGUAAGACAAAAUUAAUUAUUUUCAGUGACUGCUUUGAAGUUUCAAACUAUAUAAAAGGUAACCUCCUAAGUGAUGAUAUCAAAAACAAAGAAAAUGAUAAUGUUACUCUACUAAUGAUAGUUAAGAGAUUAUUCAGGAGGACUGUAUUUUUCCACACGCUAACAAAUCAUUUAGUACGGCUGCAAACUCUGGAUACAUACUGAAAAUUUCCAACCAUGGAAUCGAAAGAGAGAUAAUGGAGUAACAACAUUGACUGACGCAAAAAUAAAUAAAGAUGGAGAGAACAGAGAUGGAAAAUAAUUAUGAAAAGAAGUUCAGUACGACCUAUAAGAGCCCACGUGGUCUUAGUCAAAUUCAUUCUAUUAUAAAACAAAACAAAUUAAAAGACUAUAGUAGGUGGAGUUCCAAAAAAAAAAGGCUAGUAGGUGAAUGAUCUUGUAGAUACAUUUUUUUUUAUUGCAUUACACUUCAAUUUAAAAUGUUGAUCAUAAAACUAUUUUGAAUUUAUGAACGAUUAGAGAAUAAAAGUUAGGAUAAGAAUCUUAGUAAAACCAACAACGAUAUCAGAUUCGAGGCUACGAAAUGACAUUUUAUUCAAUAAAGUUAUAUUUAUUUGCAGUAUAUAUCUAGUAGAGUUUAUAGUGAAUAAACUGAAAAAAAUGUUUAGAAAAAGGUGAGAGAUAGUUUUCUUCUAAAAAAACUCUUCUCAAACAGUAAAGAAUGGGUUGUUUCUUAACUUCCGCUAGAUAGGUAACCAUUAGUUUUGUUUGAAGAUUUAAAUAUCCAUUAGUUUGCAACCACAAAAUGAAAAUACACAUCCACUAAUUUUGAAUUUAUUUAACUGUUGAGUUACUUGUAUUUUCUGUUGCCAGAUCAACUUCCAUGAAGGAGACAUGGGUGGCCUUUGAUUGGAUUUUGCAACCUAUCACCUAAUUCAUAUUAUCAUCAUCAUUAUUAGGUACUAGUUUAAUAUUUGUCAAUAUGUUUGAGCAAUGACAAACAUCUUAGUGGAUUCCCAUUUUGAUUAAAUAGACUAACUGAUCAUUCAGAUGCAUGGUAUUACUUUAAAUAAAUUGAUGAUAUUUGUAGAUAUUUAAUACCGGUUCUCUAAUAUUAAUUAAUUAAAUUCAAAAAAUUCCAAAUACAUUUUUAGGUAAAGACAUACCUUUUUGAAAACUGAGGCUAAACGAUAGAAGAUAGAAGAUGUUUGGCUUCAAUUUUUUUUUGGUAACACAGAAGAUGUUUGGCUUAUUUCAUUUUUUUUAGCCCCGAGUGAUAAAACUUUCUUUACUUUAUUUGUAUUGUCGCUUUCUUAACAUCUCCCACUAGUUUACAUCGCUACGUGAGACCUAAUAUUUGGGUCAUAUGCUUAAGAAAGCGUUGACGAUAGCAUGGGAAAUCAGUUUUCUUGUUUAUUUUAUUUUCUCUCUAUUGCGACAAGAAGUGAUCAGUUUGGCAACACGUACAGUCGUACAUGUACACAUGCAAUUAUCUGCCUAUAGAGGAGAUUUCCACGCUAUCCGCAACAUAUGUCUUGUAUUCUUUAUGAUUAAAUAUGUUAUGAACAUAUUAUUAUUCGAUACGUUUCCAAAGAUAAAAGUUUAUCAUAAGUAGAUUAUGGGGGUAUAGAUGACAUAUAUAUUAUUCCAUAAACAAGCCUCAAAACAGGGUGUGUGUCAGUGUGAGUGUGUUGAUUUAUCCCCAGCAUCCAAUGAUGUUUGCAUAAAAUACACUUACAAAUUUUCAUAGUUAUAAUCACAUAGAUACAAUACAAAGAGAAAAAUAUUAG